GUUAAUUAUUAUUCCAAGUUGAAAGAAUCUCUUGUCAACCUGCUUUUCAAGGAUCACUCUCCCCUUCCCCUCUCUCCCUCUCUCUCUUUCACCUUCAAUCCUUAUGGCUACUGAAUCUGCAACUACAUCUCUUCACAAUCCUACCACUACCACUAGCCAUGAUGAGCUAGUUGAGACCAAGGUGAAUGAAGAAGUAAAGCCUGUGGAUCAAGGAACAGUUUCUCUACCUGAGGGAGGUAAAGUAGAGAACCCCAAAAUUGAGGAACUGCCAAGUGAGACAGAACCAUUCUCUAAAUUGGAAGCAAAGGCUGAAAAUAAACAGACAGAGCCUUCAGCAGUUGAGGCUAAGAUGAGUGAUUCUGCUGGAGUGGAUUCUCUGGUGGAGGACAAAACUGAGAUGGAGCAAGAGAUACCUUGCUCACAAGCACACAAAGAUGCAGAGCCAGCAGUUGAUGUUGUUAACAAUCAACCAGUUGGGGAACCAGCUACAGAAUGUGUUCCAGAGCCAGCAGUUGAUGCUGUUAACAGUCAACCAGAUGCGGCCUCUGUAACUGAGCAUGCAGAAGCACAGGAGCAACCUAAGAUAGUCGAUGUUCAGGAGCAACCUAUGGUCGUUGAUGUUCAGGAAUUGUCGGCUGAAGCUGUUGAUAAACCAAAAGAACUGUCAGCAAUUAUUCCUACUAAAGAAUCUGAAGCUGACGUAAAAGUUCCUGAGGAUUCAAAAGUAGUACACAAUGAAGUCGAUAAACAAGAAUCCCUUGUUCCCGUAGUUGAUGUGAAACUGGAGGCACAAUCUGAAGUCACCGAACAAGGUGGAAAGCCCCAAUCAGUUGAAGAAACUGGGAAACAACAGGAGCCUCCAGAAGUUCCAGCGAUCAAAGAAUCAGAAGCAGUUGUGAAGGAUAUCGAAGCUUCAAAAGCAGAAUCCAAAGAAAUUGAUGAACCAGUUCCUGAAGUGAUGCCAAAGGAACAAUCUGAAGUUGCAAAACAAGAUGAAAAAGUAGCACCAAUUGAAGCAACUGAGAAACAACAGCAGUCAUCGGACGCUUUUCCUGUAAAAGAAUCAGAAGCAGUUUUGGCAAAAGAUAUUGAAUAUUCAGCAGUGUCUGAAGAUGUAGAUAAGCCAAAAUCAGUAGUUCCUGAAGUUGAGCUUGAGAUGCGAUCAGAGGAACAAUAUGCAGUAACCAAAGAUGUUGAGAAACAAGAAAUCUUAGAAGCUGAAGCUGAUUUGAAAGCAAAGGUAGAAUAUGAGGUCCCAGAAAAAAAUGAUAAUAAAUCAACAGAAGAAGGAACAGAACCAGUUGUACCUGAUGCAGAAACAAAAACAGAGGGAGAAAUUGGAGUUGAGGGUGAAACUGCAACAGAUGAGGGAACAUUAGCGGAUAAAGUUGAGGAUACCACGUCCUUGAAGGAAGAGAGACCCAGUAAAGAAGAGGAACUCAGUGCAGCUUCGGAAAAACAGGAUGCUCAAGCUGAUGUUCAAGAAGGCAAAGGAGAAGCUUCUCUUCCUGAUGUCAGAGAGAUAACUAAUGUGGAGAACGGAAAGAAGGAAACUGAUGGGACUGUGGCAGUUGAAGAAACAUUGAAAGAGGAAGCUGAGGAAAUGGAAAAUGGUGGAGAAGACGGAGUGGAAAAGACCAGUAAAACUAAAGAUAAGAAUGUUGAGAGAGAAGUUCUAAAUGAAGAACAAGUUCAGCCGAUCAAAGUGGACGAUAUCAAGGAGAUUGUUUCAAAUUCUGAAGUUACUGAAAGAUCAUUCAAGGUAGAGAAAACUGGUGAAGGGGUUGAAUCAGUCGGAGAGAACAAGAAAGAAGAUAACAUAAAAGAGGAGACACCAGCUUUAGUGGAAACCAGCAAAGAUGGUUCCAUAGAGGAAAAGCUAGAUGAAGCCACUACAGCUGUUAUGGAACCAGUUAAAGAAUCCCAGGAUUCUGGACUAGAAGUAAAAGAUGAGGAAAGUGCAAAAAUCAGUGAAGAUAAAGCAGGGAAAGAAAACGCUGAGGAAAUAGCAAAGUCUGAUGCCCAGAAUUUAGAGCCUUCUCCCAAGAAUGGUAACGAUGCAAAAGCAUCCCAAGACUUGCCAAGAGAAGUUCCUGCCAAGCUCACUCAAAAGCAAUCAAAUAAUAUUUUAACAAAGAUGAAACAAACACUUUUGAAGGCCAAGAGAGCCAUCAUAGGGAAGUCUCCAGGCUCGAAAACACUCUCCUCAGACACCAAGGGUGAUAUUAAAGUCAAGUAAUUGAAAAGAAAUGAAGUAGCAUGCAUGAAGAAUAUGGUUGUGGAAUUUGCAUUGUGAUAUACAGAUUUUAGUUGUGUAAAAUGUAAACCAUUUUCUUUCAUUUUACCUAUUCUUUUUCACUUGUAUGUAAUAUUUGUGUGCUGGUGGUUGGGUUGGCUAUUGUCUGUAAUGAUCAGUACAAAAAAACUUCUCCAGUUGUGAAGAUUGAUUUGUAGAUACCUUUUCUACAGUUGCCA